AUGGACAUCAAGGACGGAAUGCAGAAGCUGGCGGAGGCGGUGGACGCACUGGGCCAUGGGCUAGUGGAGAGACAGCGUGUCCUCCACAUGCUGCAGGCCCUCGGCACGCUCACUGCGCCGCCAGGCGGGAACACACCCGCUCCUCGAACACGGCCUGAUCGGAAACGAGACAGGGCCGUGGUUUCCAGCCCAGAGGAAGAGGCUGCCAGGGCGAAAAAGAAGCCGGCCGUGGACCAAGAAAAAUGGUCCACGGCGGUGGGGAGAAAGAAGAGGGCGGACAAACCGUCUGAUCCUCCACUCCCACGUCCAAAGCCGCGGAGAGGCGAGAAGGCACCGAAGAACUCUGCUACUCCAAAGGAGCAGCGUGCCGUCGACGAAAGGCGAAAGAAGAAGAGGAGGAGAAGGCGCCGUCGCCCUAAAACUAGGCGGACGGCUGUCCUUCUAAAGCCGGCCGAGGGCGCGACGUACGCGUCCAUUGUGGGCGCGAUACGUCGCCUGGUCCGGCCGGAGGAAGCGGACACGGAGGUCCGCCAAAUAAGGAGGACGCGGGAAGGGGCCGUCCUUCUGGAGCUUGGGCGAUGUGGGGACAGCGCCAGGUUCCAGUCCGCGCUCCGGACGGCGGUGGGGGACACCGCGGCAGUACGGGGCCUGAAACCCCGCGCGACGAUCGAAAUCCUCGAUCUUGAUUGCGUCACGACCUCAGGAGAGGUCAUGGACGCGGUCGCGCGGGUGACAGGGGAGUCGCCGGAGGAAAUCCGCGUCUCCGUUCUCGCGACGAACCACCGAGAGCUGCGGAAGGCCGUGGUGGAGCUUGGCGAAGGAGCUGCCGUUAAGCUCCUGGCCGCCGCCAAGCUCAAGAUCGGCUGGGUCAAUUGCCGCAUCCGGCGCUGGACGGAGGUUCAGCGUUGCUUCCGGUGCCUGGGCUACGGACACACUCGUAGAGAGUGUAAAGGCCCGGACCGGAGCAACGCUUGCCGCAGGCGCGGCAAGGAUGGCCACAAGGCGGCGGCGUGCGAGGCCACCCCCCACUGUCAUUUGUGUGCGGGGAUAAAGGACGCGACGACGGACCACUACGCGGGCUCGGGGAAGUGCCGGAUCUUCCGGGAGAUCCUCGCCGCGAAGAAGGGUAAGCCCUCUUCGCGGCCACGCUCGCUAUGGAGAAGCGAGCUGCGGUCGUCAUCGCAAGUGAGCAGUACCGCGAUCGGGACCACCUGGUUCAGGGAUGAUCUCGGCACCGCGGCAGUGUGGAUCACGGAUCCACGGAGAGUCCGUAUAGACUCUCACGGGGCUGCCGCGGGACACGUCUGGGUCACCAGCGGUGUCCUCACGUACGUCAGCUGCUAUCUGUCCCCGAAUGAUAGCAUCUCCGAAUUUCGGGGAAAGCUCGACGUGCUGGAGGACACCCUACGCGACAAGUCCGGUGGGCUUGUCGUGGCUGGUGACUUCAACGCCCGAGCCUGCGAGUGGGGGAUGCCUCGCACCGACACGAGGGGAAGGUUGGUGGUCGAGAUGGCCUCAAGACUGGGACUCGUCGUGUUGAACGUGGGGUCAACGCCGACGUAUCGACGCCCUGGAUUCGGAGACUCGAUACCGGAUGUCACCCUGGUGUCUGAGGAUCUGGUCCAAAGAGCGGCGAACUGGAGGGUGAUUGGUGAUUUCACCGGUAGCGAUCAUAGCUACAUCACCCCCCAGUUGAUCGGCGAGCGGCAAGCGCGGCCUCCGGGGAUUAGACGCCCGAGAGGAUACGUCACCUCUCGCCUGGAUGAGGAUAGGCUCUACGCCACUCUCCGGGCGGGCGUGGAGGCCGUGCCGCAGACCCCGCGUGACCCGUCCGAUAGAGCGGGUGCCGAAGCCAUCGUGCGCGGCACCCUUAACCUCAUCCGACGGGCAUGCGACGAGUCAAUGCCAAGGAGGAGGCCAUUCUCCGGCCGGCGGCAGGCGUACUGGUGGACCGACCAGAUCGCCUCCCUCAGGAGAGAAGCCCUGAGGCUCCGGCGACGAGCUCAACGAGCUCGAAGUCGACCGGAGGCCGCCGCGCUUCGGAGGACUACAAGGCGGCCAAGAAAGCCUUAA